AUGUCGCGACGGAAGCAGGCGAAGCCCCAGCACAUCAACUCGGAGGAGCAGCCCCCAGAUGCUGCAAGUGGGAGUCCACAAGACGUCCCAGGUGACGGAGAUGGUGAAAUGAGUUCCAAAAGAUGCCGCACGGAGGAGACUAAAAUCUGUGAGAAAUGCUGUGCAGAAUUCUUUGAUCUCUCUGAAUUUCUUGAGCAUAAGAAAAAUUGCACUAAAAAUCCACCUGUUCUAAUCAUGAAUGACAGUGAGGGAACAGUACCCCCGGAAAGCUUCUCUGAAGCUUCUCUAGGGAGCUUUCCAAGUGAUCGAAUGGAUAGCAGGACACGCAAGGACAUUCAGGCAAAGGGCUGCACUGGUUCUAUAGAAAAGAGAGAAGGAAAAAUGGAUGCUGAGUCGGUAGGAGGAAUGUACCUUAAAAUAGAACCCCCUGUCACGCCUGCAGCUCCUGGGCUAAGCUAUCUACCAAAAUCCAAAGUACCAAACACUAAUGUGACUUUGCAGACAAUACGUGGCACUAAAGUGGCUGUGAACCAGCGGACCUCCGAUGCCAUCUCUUCUUCAGCAGCCAGUUUUAAUGCUAUCCCCAUGAUCCUGGAGCAGCUCGUGUGUUUGCAGCAGCAGCAACUCCAGCAAAUUCAGCUGACGGAGCAAAUUCGCAUCCAGAUUGCCAUGAUGGCUCCCCAUGCCCUGCAUCCCUCCAUAGCAGCUGCUACUGAUCCACUAAAAGCUCUGGGCGCUCACAUGUCUCAGCAGCUGUCGGCUGCUGUUGCUUUAAUCGGACAGAAAGCUGGAAGCCAGAGCCUAUCACUGGAAUCCUUGAAGCAAGGAAAACUACCUCAUUCUAACACUGGCGUUGCGGCUGCCGGCUCGCUGGCUGCUGGGCUUUCCUCCUCCUUCCCCUUGAAGCCAGAGGCAAGCAGAAGCCUCCCCGGCUCCAUUUCUCGGUUCCCGAAUCCUUUGCUACCUCAGUCCUCCAACUCCGUCAUCUUCCAAAAUCCGCUUUCGGCCGUUUCUUCUGUAAUAGAUUCCUCAAAGAAGGGGAAGGGAAAACCUCCCAACAUUAGUGUAUCUGAAAGCAAACCGAAUGCAGAAGAGCCAUUCUUCAAACACAAGUGUAAAUUCUGCGGCAAGGUCUUUGGCAAUGACAGUGCCCUGCAGAUUCACCUCCGUUCCCACACCGGUGAAAGACCCUACAAGUGUAACAUUUGUGGUAACCGCUUUACAACCAAAGGAAACCUUAAAGUGCAUUUUCAGCGUCACAAAGACAAAUACCCCCACAUAAAGAUGAAUCCUUACCCGGUUCCUGAGCACCUGGACAAUGUUCCCACUAGCACUGGAAUCCCAUAUGGGAUGUCUGUGCCACUGGAUGAGUCUAACCUAAUUGUGGAUAGCAAACCUCUCCUAACAACUCUGCCUACCUCUGCGGCCACCGGUGCACCUCAGACCAUCUCCAACCUAGCAGGCGUUAAGGAGUCUCUGCCUGGUACGUUCUCAAGUGACCUGCAGUCAAGGCCUUCUCCAGAAAGUGAGGGUGGCUCUUCCUCAUCGGGGGCAGUCGGUCACGAAUCAGGAACAGAGCAGAGCUUGAGUUCACCGCAAGCUACCUGCAGCGUGAGCAUCUUCCAUGUUAGCGGGUCAAACGAACAAGGCUCAGAAACAUCAAAGCUUCAGCAACUGGUUGAAAAUAUCGACAAAUCCACUGCUGACCCCAACGAGUGCCUGAUCUGCCACAGAGUGCUGAGCUGCCAGAGCUCACUCAAAAUGCAUUAUCGUACUCACACUGGAGAGAGGCCAUUCAAGUGUAAAAUCUGUGGCCGUGCCUUCUCCACUAAAGGGAACCUUAAAACUCAUUAUGGUGUCCACCGGGCCAAUACUCCUUUGAAGAUGCAACAUUCGUGUCCUAUUUGCCAGAAGAAGUUUACAAAUGCAGUUGUGUUGCAGCAGCAUAUCCGCAUGCAUAUGGGGGGGCAAAUACCCAAUACGCCAAUGCCGGAAAACGCCUGCGACAAUACUGAUGGGGAUCCUGCUGUGACUGAGAAGAAUGGAGACAUCAGUCGCCCAGACGAGACCGUGGAGAGCAUAGAGAUGGAAGAGGACCUGGACUCUCAGGAUGGCCCUAGGAGUUCUUCAAAACCUCCUACUCCAUACGAUGCACAAUCAGAAUCGCCAGCCACGGCAGCCACCUUCUCUGGUAUUGCAGCACUGGAGAAUCAAAUGAAGAUUGUCAAUUCUGCUUUGAACUUGCAGCGGCAAAGCAGCUUGAAGUCUAGUGACAAUGGCUCAGCAGAAAGUGAUGGCAUGACAAAUGAUUCCUCUUCUGUGGCAGGAGAUCCAGAUUAUCAGAACGGCAGGAGUCCUGCUGCCUCUGAGUCUGCAUCGCUCCAGGCUCUGUCCCCAGCCAACAGCCAAGCUGAAAGUGUAAGGUCAAAGUCGCCUAGCUUCAACAAUCAAGAAGAUACAGGCACGGGAAAUAAAUUGGAGGGUCCUGAGAAUGCUUCUGCAGAAAUGGAAGGGGUCGUCGGUGCUUUGGAUUUAACUUACGGCAAUAUUGGUCGGAAGGUCAUUAAAGAAGAACCUGGGUUACACUUUGCAAAUGGAGAAUAUGGUCGAAGUAGUAUUCCAGCUGCUUUUGUUAGAGCCCCACCAGCCCUAAUAAAAAUGGAGAUGCCCAGCGAGCGUCCCAUUAGCACUAGCCAUUUCAUUGGCCCACCAGCUCUCUCCCCUGGUGUUGCCCCUCUCCUCGUGCCACGACCGAAAUUCUGCCGUCCCGCCAAACAGCACAUCUGCACUACGUGUGGGAAGAACUUCUCCUCUGCCAGCGCCCUUCAGAUUCAUGAACGGACCCAUACUGGUGAAAAGCCAUUUGCCUGCACCAUCUGUGGGAGAGCCUUUACAACGAAAGGAAACCUGAAGGUCCAUGUAGGAACUCACAUGUGGAAUAACUCUGCCAGGCGGGGAAGAAGGCUUUCGAUCGAUAACCCCAUGGCUCUGCUGGGGAACGACCCCAAGAAGGUAUCUGAAAUGUUUCCAAAGGAUAUAAUGCCUCCUUCAGUGAGCAUUGACCCCGCAGUAUGGAAUCAGUAUGCAGCAGUACUCAGCAAUGGCAUAGCAAUGAAGACUAACGAGAUCUCGGUGAUCCAGAGCGGUGGCUUACCUACCCUUCCAGUCACCAUUGGGGGUGGUUCGGCAAUAAAUACUGCUACAGUCUCCAAAAUAGAUGGGACCCAGUCUGGGACUGGUUCUGAAACGGAGAAGGCCAGUGGUGCUGCUGCAGACAAUGUGCCAAAACACCAGUUCCCUCACUUCAUGGAGGAGAACAAAAUUGCUGUUAGUUAA